AUGUAUGAGAAAUUUGAACAGGGAAAACUUUUACAAGUUAGUUUGCUUGUAAACUUAGAAACAACUCUUCAAGCUUUUCAAGAAAAAAUAAACGAUAUCUAUAUCGAAUAUGCAAACCAGUAUAACAUUGACGAAGGAGAGUACCAUCUCGAUAUUAUUUAUGACAGGAAAAAUGCAACUGUUAAAAUCAAUAGAAUAGAAGACCUUGGAGAAAACGUUUAUAUUUCUACAAAAUAUAACAACUUGGCAUGGUAUAGAUUUAUGAGGAUGUUAAAUCAGCCUGCAGCAUAUCCAGUACACCCAGACUUUUAUGAAGUCGAAAACCCUAAUGGAACAUAUGAAAAUGUUUUCGACCAAGAUGCUAUUAUUGUUCAUGCUUCAUUUUCUGGCGCCCAAAACUCUUUCUUAUGCUUGGCAAAUGACUUUUACGAAAAACCUACAAAGUUAUACGAACCACCAAGUGGAAGUAUUUCAGACUUUCAAGUAUGGUUUACUACAGAUGGAAGAAAAAGAAUAAUUCCAUUAUACCAUGCGUUUUACUUAGAACUUAGUUUCAUAUACAACUACUAUCGAACGGUAAAAAUAUAA